CCCAGGAAGAUGUCCAAGGCUCCUGGGGGGCUGGGAGGGGCUUUCCUGGCUGAGCCUCAGGCUCCUCCCAGUGCACCUGGGCGAGGCAGCAGAGGAGAGAGGUGCGUCCCACACGGAAGUCAGGGAGGCCCGCCUGCGCCUUGCAGCCACUCUCCUGCCGGCACUGUGACCAGCAGCCUCACCAGACUCCAGGACCGUGUGCACAGCCAACAUGCAGGAGGAAGAGAGCCUCCGGAUCCUGGUGGGGACAGAAGGGGAGAGCUUCCCCUUGGAGGAAAUGGGCACAUGUGAGGCCCCUGAGCAGUGGGACUUUGUGCUCGUGGCUGCUCACCCCACCCAGAAGGACCCGGAGCAGAGGCAGCGGCUGCAUAGGUUCCUGGAGGAGCUCAGGGGAAGGGGCUUCGACUUGAAGGAGAGAGAGGGCCAGAACCGGCUGUUCUUUGGGAUCCGAGCCCACAACAGUAUCUUUGAGCUGUACCGCACCCUCCUCAUGGAGCCUCACGGUCCUACCCCUGGAGUUCCGCUGGCCAGGCCGACCUCUGUCCCAGACACCACGAGAAUCCGAAUUGUAAACUUCAUCUUGAGCAAUAUGAAGACGGCAGCUGGUGACACUUUUGAGAAUUUGAAGAAGGACGGGAUCUUUGAGACCAGGUUCCCACUGCACAAGGGGGAGGAGGAUCUGAAGAAAAACUGGGCCCGAUGGAGAAACCUGGCACGCAGGCAGCCCAUCGAUGACAUCAGGAACUACUUCGGGGAGAAGGUGGCUCUGUACUUUGCCUGGCUGGGCUGGUACACCUACAUGCUGGUGCCCGCCGCGCUGGUGGGCCUCCUCGUCUUCCUGAGUGGGUUUGCCCUGUUUGAUGCCAGCCAGAUCAGCAAGGAGAUCUGCGAGGCCCAGGAUAUCCUCCUGUGUCCCCUUGGCCACCAGAGCCGCAGCUUCCAGCCGCUCUCCAGCACCUGCACGUUUGCUAAGGUGACCAUGAUGCCCUCCUCACCCCGCUGCAGCCACCGUGUUCCUGGAGAUCUGGAAGCGGCAACGAGCCCGCGUGGUCUUGCACUGGGACCUGUACGGGUGGGACGAGGACCAGGAGGAGAUGGCGCUCCAGCUCAUCAACUGCCCCCACUACCAGCUCCGGCCGCACCAGCACUCGUACCGGCGCAGCACCGUGAUCCUGGUCCUGUCUGUGCUGAUGAUCUGCCUCAUGAUUGGCAUGGCCCAUUUGCUGGUGGUCUACCGUGUGCUGGCCGCUGCCCUCCUCGGCACACUGCCCUUCUUGGAGAACCAGGUGACCACGGCUGUGGUGGUGACAGGGGCCCUGGUGCACUACCUGAUCAUCGUCAUCAUGACCAAGGUCGGGGACGGGCAGGGAGGGGGUGGUGGUGGUGGGCGGCCACAGGCAGGCCCUCAGGCACCCUCCUCCUCCAGGUCAACAAGCGUGUGGCCCUGAAGCUCUGUGAGUUUGAGCAGCCCCGGACCUUCUUGGAGCUGGAGAGAAAGUUCACCAUCAGGUUCUUCAUCCUGCAGUUCUUCGCCCACUUUUCCUCCCUCGUCUACAUCGCCUUCAUCCUGGGCAGGAUCAAUGGUCACCCUGGGAAGUCCACGCGCCUGGCUGGUCUGUGGAAGCUGGAGGAGUGCCAUCUCAGCGGCUGCAUGAUGGACCUCUUUGUGCAGAUGGCUAUCAUCAUGGGUCUGAAGCAAACCCUGAGCAACUGCAUGGAGUACCUGCACCCGUGGCUGGCCCACAAGUUCCGUUUGAUGACAGCCUGCACACGCAGCCAUCAGCCCUGUGAUCCCCAGCUCCAGGACUGGCAGCGCAACUACCUACUGAACCCUGUCACCACCUUUAGCCUGUUUGACGAGUUCAUGGAGAUGAUGAUCCAGUACGGCUUCACCACCAUCUUUGUGGCCGCCUUCCCCCUGGCUCCACUGCUGGCACUCUUCAGCAACCUCGUGGAGAUCCGCCUGGAUGCCAUCAAGAUGGUCUGGCUGCAGCGGCGCCUGGUGCCACGCAAAGCCAAGGACAUCGGGACCUGGCUGCAGGUGCUGGAGACCAUCGGUGUUCUGGCGGUCAUUGCCAAUGGGAUGGUCAUUGCCUUCACCUCUGAGUUCAUCCCCCGAGUCGUCUACAAGUACCGCUAUGGCCCCUGUCGACAGGGCAAUCAGUCUGCAGAAGACUGCCUCAAGGGUUACGUUAACCACAGCCUGUCCGUCUUCUACACCAAGGACUUCCAGGACCCUGUUGAGACAGAGGGCUUUGAAAAUGUGACCGAGUGCAGGUACCGGGAUUACCGCAAUUCCCAGGACUACAACUUCUCAGAGCAGUUCUGGUUCCUCCUGGCCAUCCGCCUCGCCUUCGUCAUCCUCUUUGAGCAUGUGGCCUUGUGCAUCAAGCUUAUUGCCGCGUGGUACGUGCCUGAUGUUCCCCAGUCGGUGAAGAACAAGGUUCUGGAGGAGAAGUAUCGGAUAUUGCGGGAUAAGAUGGGCUCCAGCUCCAAGAGCACAGAUGUGUAGGCGACCUGGCGCAGGUGGAGAGGUGCUGGUGCCAGAGACCUGAUCCUGCAGCUGUCACUGUCUCCACGUCCUGGCCCUGCCCGUGGCUGUGUGUGUGCGAGUGUGUGUGGGGCUGUAAGAAGCUGUGUAGACGUGGAGUCCCGGGAGAUCUGUGAUAGGUGGGUGGUCUUAGGGGUCCAUGUUCAUGAUGUAUACGUGGCUAUAUGAGGGUCCGAGGAAGCCGCAUGUACAUGUAGGGUCCCGGGAGGCCCUUGGGUAUGUGGAGGUCACAGGCGUUCCAUGUGUGUUUGGGUCAUCUCUGAACCAUACACGUGUGUCUGUGGGGCCUGCCCCAUCUCUGUGACCUGAAUCCUGGGUGGUCCUGGCACCCACAGAACUGGGAGGAUUUCAUAUGCAGUUCCAAUGCAUGAAAAUUGGCCCAAGUUUCCUGGGCUUCCCUCUGAUAUCUGGGCCCCAGAUCCUGCUUUACCCCCUUCUGGAGGAUGGGGAGCCCCAAGUCCACUGUUCUGGCUCCCCACUGGAUGGGCUGGUUCCCCUCAGCGAGUAGAACUUUCUAUAAUAAAAUUAAACAUAACAGUGUUCA